GUUCAAUCUUUCUUCCCAAACUUUGUCGCACGCACGUCCGAUGCGCAUGCGCACCUCGAAAGCUGUGAUUGGACGAGUGUAGUCGGUUGGGUUUAGAUCAUUUCCGAGGCGGGAGGAUGAAGUUGAUUGACCAUGGUUUCUCAGGACGCCAGUUAUACCCAUAUGAGACUUGUCUUUGGUGAGAAAGUGCAGAAAUGAAGUGUCAGUCUAUUCUGAAAGACCACAAACCUGGAGACGAAGAUCGAGAUUGAAUGACAUGAAAAUUGAUCUUGGAAGCAGCUUGCUACACACAAGGAAAAGUCUGCUGAAAAGGAGGGCCAUGGACUUGAUCACCUGUACAGCCAUCCUGCCCUUGCUCUUUGGCUGUCUGGGCAUCUUCGGUCUCUUCCGGUUGCUGCAGUGGAUUCGCAUGAAGGCCUACCUGAGGAAUGCUGUGGUAGUGGUCACGGGCGCCACCUCAGGCCUGGGGAGAGAAUGCGCCAAAGCCUUCUAUGCUGCUGGUGCUAAGCUGGUGUUGUGUGGCCGGAAUGUGGAGGCCCUCGAGGAACUCGCCCAAGAGCUCAUGGCCUCUCAUUCCCCACAGAAAAAGACACACAAGCCCUUUACAGUGACCUUCGAUCUCGCAGACUCAGAGGCCAUCGUGGCAGCAGGAGCGGAGAUUCUGCAGUGCUUUGGUUAUGUGGACAUCCUUAUCAAUAAUGCUGGCAUUAGCUACCGUGGGGCCAUCGUGGAUACCACAGUAGACGUGGACAAGAAGGUUAUGGAGACAAACUAUUUUGGUACUGUGGCUUUAACAAAAGCGCUUCUGCCAUCCAUGAUCAAGAGGAGGCGAGGACACAUUGUCGCCAUUAGCAGCAUCCAGGGCAGAAUUGGCAUUCCCUUCCGCUCAGCCUAUGCAGCCUCCAAACACGCAACCCAGGCAUUCUUUGACUGUCUGCGUGCUGAAGUAAAACAGGAUGAAAUUGAGGUGACUGUCAUCAGCCCUGGCUAUAUCCACACCAAUCUCUCCAUAAACGCUAUCACCGGUGAUGGGUCCAGAUAUGGAGCUAUGGAUAGGAACACAGCCCAGGGCCGGAGUCCUGCAGAAGUGGCCCAGGAUGUUCUCGUUGCCGUGGGGAAGAAGAAGAAAGAGGUGGUCGUGGCUGACUGGGUGCCUUCCUUGGCCAUCUAUCUUCGCAGUCUGGCCCCUGGUCUCUUCUUCAGCAUCAUGGCCUCCAGGGCUAGGAAGGAGCGGAAAUCCAAGGACUCCUAAUUUGGACCUGAGCAACACUCCCCUGGGCAUGGUUGCUGUACAGGGGACAGCUGCAUUUUGUUGAGACUUGAGUAGGGGAAUAUACUGAAGAAACAUUUCCUUGGCAUGGUCUCUGUCCCCAGAGAAUGGAAACAAGCCCAGGCAACAAGCUUCUUCCCAGGGUGAGGGUUAAAUGCAUACGGAAUAAAUAUGGAGCAGGAUUUAAACACUAAAAAGGACUAGAGGAACUGUGUGUCCUUUGAAUUCCAGCCCUGCUAACUCCUAGAAAUGGCCUUAAUCAUGUAAUCAGGAGAUGCCAUGACAUCGCCUGACUGAGCUGCUCUCCUGUUUGACUUAUGCACGACCACCUUGCUGGUUGUUUUGUUAACAACCUCCGGCGCGUGAGGAUGAAGGGUGUAGCUUCAGGAACUCAUUAUUCAUACUCAUUUCCAGGGCCUUAUGAGGGCUCACGCAGCAUGGAGGCCAAGCUAGUGUAUGGUGGAUUAUGUGGCAUAUCCCAACUCUAGCACCUCAUGUUCUUUAGGAUUCUUAGCACCCCUUCAAGCAGAAGAUGAAAUUAUUAAAAGAAACAAUGACCAGAGAGACCCCUGCAUGAGCCCAGGUGCCCUAAAACACAAAGCCCUGGGAAGUGAGUCUAAAACACCCUAGAUAGAUGGGUGUAGUGUUUCAUGCCUGUAAUCACAGCUAUUGGGAGGCUGAGGCAGGAUUGCUGCAAGUUUGAGGGCAGCCUUGGCUACACAGAAAGGUCGAGUCCAGUCUGAACUAUAUAGCAAGACCCUGUCUCAAAAAACAAAAAAAAACCCAACCCUGGUCUGGUGUAAGGAGUACCUUAAUGAGAACUAACUGGAGCAUCUGCCUUUCCAAUUUAUUAAAAAUAUGUGGUUAAGGUUCACUGAGUAAAAAAACUUCAUUUCUGAGGUUUUAGAAAUUUUUCCUACUACUGAAUGUUGGAAUAGUAGUUCAUUGUAGAUUUCCCAAUUGGAAUAAAAACCACCUAGUGUGUCA